AUGGGCAACGAGUGCUUCCUGGCCUGCAGCACGGCGCACCUGCCCGCGGCCGAGCAGAACCUUGCCAGAUACAGGCUGCGUGUGGUUGAGCCCCCGCCAAGGCCGGUGAGGAAAAGCCCCGCCCCUGAUGGAGAUGGCCCAGACAUCGAGCCCAACCUGUGGAUGUGGGUGAACCCCAACAUCGUGUUUCCCCCGGGAAAGCUGGAGGUCUCACAGCCCAGGACGGGGGCCGGCCCGACCAGCACACGUCCCGCCCCUCCGCUGCCCCCGGGAGAGGGAGACUGCGCCCGCUGCCCGCAGGCCGGAGUCGGGGGGCGGCCGCCCGCGUCCUCCGGGCGGUCUCCCCCUCCGGAGCAGCCCCCUGCCCCCAGCAGCUCGGAGCUCGCAGAAGAGGAGGCUGAGGACCAGCACGACGGCUCCUCUGUGGCGCUCCCGUCCCCUCACCAAAGGGCCCCCCUCCAGAGUCCGAGGCUCCGGCGAGCCGGCAGCCAGGAGGGGAGGCCCUGGCCGCGGCCCCCCCUCAAUUACUUCCACCUCAUAGCCCUGGCCCUGCGGAACAGCGCCCCCUGCGGCCUCCACGUGCAGCAGAUCUACAGUUUCACCCGGCAGCACUUCCCCUUCUUCCGGACGGCUCCCGAGGGCUGGAAGAACACCGUCCGCCACAACCUGUGCUUCCGGGACAGCUUCGAGAAGGUGCCGGCGGCGCGGGCGGGCUGGCCGCGGGCCUGCCUCUGGCGGCUCACCGCCGAGGGCCGCCGCCGCUUCCGGGCCGAGGCCCGCGCCCUGGCCGCCGCGCAGCGGGCCCGCAUCCGCCAGUGCAUGAGCCGGCCAGACGAGAUGGCCUCCCUCUUCGACCUGUGA